AUGCCCAGCUCCAAUCGACUCCUGGACUUGUUCCGCUCAGAACAAGAUGUUUCACCAAGCUCGAUGGGUAGAGCUCCAAGCCAUGGAGCCAACAACGCCAACAACUCAGUCAAGCAAGAUUUGCCGCAAGUGACAAAAGGACGGGCGGGGUAUGGGAAUGUUCAAGGGAUUGAGGUGGUCGAAACCGCAGUAGCGUUCGCGGCGGGAGGAACAAGACCACGGGUAGAAACCAAGCUGGAGAGGGAAAACGCUCACCUGAGAGAGCAACUCAAGUUUCAGGGUGCUGUGCUCGACCAGCUUGCCGGAGAUGUUCACACGCUCGAGCUCAAGGCGGUUGGUGCUGCUUCCGGAGCCACCCAUCUCCGACCGUCGCCAAUCCACAACCAAGAAGCCACGGACGUAUUACGUGAGGGACCCAAGAACGGAAUGUCUCAAGGGCAGAAAGAUGAAGUACACCAAGAAAACCAAGAGGCCGGUGCGCGGUGCCCAGACAUGUGCAAGGGAGGAACUCAGGGCGCACACAUUGAUGGCGAAGAUCCUCACGGGGAGGUUCGGAAUGUCGAUGAGAGAGAUACUUUUCAACCGCAAGAUACGGCGGAUGAUCUCGGGCAGGGCCAUCGCGGAAAUACUCCACCCACUCCCGUGCAACACGCACGAGACGAGUCCGCAUGUGACCCGCAUGAGAAACCCGAUUUCCCACUCGAAACAGCAUCCGACCACGUGUUGAGGAAGGUGUUGCCGACGAGCUCUUCUCCUACUGGUGGGGAGCCAGACUCUGGCGACAACGAUACGGAUCUGAGGUCUGAGCUGAGAGCGGCCAGGCUGUUAACGGAGAGAAUCCGGGGGGACUUCGCGGCUGCGCAGAAGGCGGCAGAGGAGAAAGAGCAGUCUCACAUCGGCCUCCUUUCUCGCGAGCGAAAAUUCCGUGCCACUGUCGAAGCUGGCCUCCGUGAGAAAGUGCACAGCAUGCGGCAAAGGGCAAGAGAUCGAGAGGAGAGACUGUCGGCAGAAUUGUCAUCCGUCAAGGCGCAACUGAAGGAGGCCGUGGACUUGCUGGCAACGAAGGAGGAUGAGGUGCGCUCGAUGAGGGCCCGCAACGCGGAGCAGGAAGACAGGGCCUCGGCAGCCCUGGCAAGGGGUAAAGAGCGUGAUCGGCAGAUGAGCUGGCUGGAGCGUCGCCUACAAGAGGUGUCUUCGGGGGAAACGUCCGCGGCCACGCUCCGCCUAGAAGAAAUGACGGCAGCCCUAGAGGCACAGCAGCAAGAGCUGGAAAGACUGCGGGCGUCCGCAAGAGAGGUGGAGAGCCACUACAAUCACCACCACCUACGACGACGAAAACAGCAGCGGCAAACGAGAGCAACUUGGAGGGAAAUCGACCAAAAACAGGUUAGCCUCCGAGCGGAGAGUGGCAAGCUCGUGAGUGCUGCUCGGGGUCCGUCAACCGACGAUCAUGACGAUCAUAACCAUCGGCACGAGAGCGGGGCAGCAAACACCUCCUCCUGCGUUGACGACAACACCCAGGUCGCCAACGAUGCAAAUCUCCGCAAUGACGACGGCAACUGCGACGACAGGCGUCUAGCCGUGAGCAGAGUAGUACCGCACCACGACCACGAGAGCAAGCACCGGAGACGUGAGGGUGACGAUAACGGUGACGUACCUCGUGUCAGCCUUGAUCUUGAAGCGCUGUUGUAG